UCCGUCAUAACGAUAACGAAUUCCGAUUCGAUUUGUCUUGCUAGAGCUUUAGUUGUUGGAAAGGCUUAUGCUGACGGUGACAAACUGCUGUGCCGAAAAAUACGACGCGGAGGAAAGCUUCAAACGAAAGAAGCAAAGGACUUGAUACAAAAUGCUGGACUGGACGAAAGAGAGUACACAAUAACGGAUGUUCCAUUUUUCCAGCAAGCGCUUGCAACGUACCAAAUUAUCAUUGUGAGUGUUGACCAUGCCAACAGGAUAGUUUAAAGUGGACCUCAGCAGAAUAAACGCAUAGUUUUGCUGCAUCACAAUCAUCACUUUGACUUACUCAAUUCGUUGCCAGCAUUUUUUCAAAACAGCUAUUGGUGUUACGCUUGCAACAAAGGCUUCAAUGAAAGAGCUGAUCAUCGUUGUGAAUCAAUUUGCCACUCAUGCUUGCGUUCCGAAUGUGAGGUGGAUAGAAGAAACAUCAUCCAGUGCCCAGACUGCCAUCGCAAAUUUUUUGAUUCCGGUUGUUUCGCCGAGCAUAAGGUUGCCUCUACCCCCACACAGAAGCAACGGAAAAGCAUUUGCCAGACAAUUUUUAUUUGCCAGCAGUGCCUUCGUGUGGUAUCAAACAGGAAUCGCAAAGGUACCGAUCAACAUCAAUACGGAGAAGUAUAUUGUCAAACGUGCAAGGUCCACGAACUACCCGAGUCUCAUAAAUGUUUUAUGAAGCCUCACAAAGUAACCGAAGAGGAACUAGAAGAGCACAAGAGUGCUAGCUUUCUGUAUUUUGAUUUGGAGACAUAUGUGUCAGAAAACAGCGAACUGGUGCCUAACCUUGCGGUUGUGCAGGACGACGAAGGACACGAAUGGAUUUUUCCGGAAGAAGGUAGUCCUUUAGGCGGUAACGUUACUGACCAACUGUGUACGUUUUUAUUCAAUGAGCGACACAGAGAUCACUACAUCAUCGCCCAUAAUUUCAAGGGAUUUGAUGGCUAUUUUAUUUUGCGUUGGUUACUGGAAAACGGAAUAGUCCCAAAAGUUAUUAUGAACGGUGGAAAGAUUCUGCAAAUGGAUGUGUCGGAAUUCAGUAUUCGCUUCCGGGACAGCUUCAACUACAAUCCGCAAAGCCUUGCAAAAUGGCCAGCAACCUUCGGCAUUCGGGAUAUUGGAAAAGGCACAUUUCCGCACCGAUUCAAUCGUAGAGAAAACUGGGACAAGAUUCUUCCUUUUCCGCAGCCAGAAGAGUACGGAUUUUCAUGUAUGAACAGAAAGGCGAAGGAGUCAUUUAUGUCUUGGUAUGCUACGGAAGCGAAAGAAAAAGGUUACCUUUUCGACUUCCGGAAAGAGAUUGAAGAGUAUUGUCGCAUGGAUGUGACAGUAUUACGCACGUGCUGCCAACAGUUCCGCCGUCUAUUCCAAGAAAUCAGCAACGGAUUGUGCCCUUUUGUUUCAGCUAUGACGAUUGCUGGUGUAUGUAAUCGGUAUUGGAAGUCUUUUAUUCUUAAACCAGAACAGAUUGGCCUUCUUCCACAACGUUUACAUGCAAGAAAUCGGAAUCAGUCAGAAAUCGCAAAGAAAUGGUUAGCGUGGAUAGAAAAAGAAGAGGAGUGCAUUUUGGAAUCGGCACUGACUGGAUCUGAACACCAGAUUGGACCGUUUUUCGUUGACGGAUACCGCGCCGAUAUCAAUCAUGUUUACGAAUUUUACGGCUGUUGGUACCACGGGUGCCCUCAGUGUGAAGCUCCUGAAACCAUACAUCCUUUCCGGAACAUUCCAAUGUCGGAAAUAUACAACGAAACUCUGGAACGGGAGAAGUAUAUUCGCAGCCAGGGAUACGGUGUGACCACAAUAUGGGAACAUGAAUUUGCAGAUCAGGUAAAGUCGGAUCCCGAACUGCGAUCGUUUGUUCAGAAACUUUCGUUUAUUGCUCCUCUGGAUCCACGAGAUGCAUUCUACGGUGGUCGUACAAAUGCCGUCAAGCUUUUCCACCAGAUAUCCGGUGACGAAACAAUAAGUUAUUAUGACGUCAACAGCGAAUACCCGUACGUCAACAAAAACAAACGAUACCCCAUUGGUCACCCCACAAUAAUUACCAAAGAUUUUGAAGAUAUUGGAAAUUAUUUUGGUAUUGCCUUGUGUCAAGUGCUUCCACCUGGGGACUUGAAAUUGCCAGUACUACCAUAUCGCUCGGGUGGUAAGUUAACGUUUCCUUUGUGCCGGACAUGUGUGGACAAGUACCAAAACAUCAAGUGUCAGCACACCGAUGAAGAGCGCGCUUUAACGGGAGCCUGGUGUACACCGGAAAUAAACAAAGCUGUGAAGCGCGGAUAUGUAGUUCAAAAGAUUCACGAAGUCUGGCAUUUUGAGCAGUACGAGGACCGUCUUUUUGAAAAGUAUAUCAACCAGUUUUUGAAGAUCAAAACGGAAGCAAGCGGUUGGCCUGCUCACGUCCACACCGAAGAUGAAAAACAGCAAUACAUUCAGGAUUUUAAACAGCAUGAGAAGGUUGAACUGGAUUAUGAUAAAAUUACUCCAAAUGCUGGACUGCGUUCACUGUCGAAACUGUGUUUAAACAGUUUCUGGGGACGUCUGGGAAUGCAAGAAAACAAACUCAGCACUGCCUAUAUUACCGAACCGGAAAAGUUUUACGACAUGUUGUUGUCUGGAAAGUAUCACGUGCAUUCUUGGGACAUGUUCUCGGAGGAUGUUGUGCAGUUGACAUACACCAAAUAAAGCGGUUUCGUGGAUCGUAAUCCGAACACCAAUGUCAUCUUAGCGGCGUUUACAACUUGCUGGGCACGACUCCAUUUGUACAAAUUUAUGGACAUGGUCGGGGAUCAGUUGUUGUACUUUGAUACAGAUUCAAUUUUCUUUGUGACGAAACCCGGAUUGGUUGACCCCCCAACGGGCUGCUUCCUUGGCGAACUUACCAAUGAAUUAAAACCAGGACAGCAUAUUGUGCAGUUCAUCAGUUUGGGAGCCAAGACUUACGCGUACGUUACUAAUUAUGGUGAUACUGUGGUGAAAGUAAAAGGAUUCACUUUGAAUGGCCAAACUAGUGAGCAAAUUAAUUUUAGUAAAAUGCUGGAAA